AUGGGUGAGGGAAGAUGCAGUGCCAAUAGCACAAGUGCUAAUACAAUGCUACUAUUAUGUAUGUUUGCGUUUCAUACUAAGAUGACUCAUGCAGUAAGAUUCACGGUUGGUGAUGACAAAGGUUGGAGCUUUGGUGUUCAAAGUUGGCCUACAGGAAAAAAUUUCAAAGCAGGAGACACACUUGUAUUUAAUUACGUUCCUCCCAUGCACAACGUGGUGAAAGUGAACGAGACAAAUUUCAAUUUAUGUGUGGCUCAACCUCUAAGUGGAUCAGUAAUUUUAACAUCUGGAGCGGAUAAUAUUACACUUGUUAAGGGAACUAACUUCUUCUUAUGUGGUGUUGGUACUCACUGCGGUGCUGGAAUGAAAAUUGCAGUGAAUGCUAAUUAA